AUGGCCUCCCUACCCGUGGCAGGUGCUACUUCGCUGAAUGGCACCAGUCCUCGCCCUUCCUUUGAUACCGAGCGUAUACUUGCAUCUCCUCCUCCAAUAAAUGGCGCGAACACUACCCCGAACGGUCAACAACAUGAUGACAACGAGGAUCUUGACCCGGUGCAGCGGCUGCAGAGGGAGCUCGAGCGGACCAAGGAGGAGAAGGACACGCUGGCAUCACAGUAUCGAAAUUUGCUGUCCAAGCUGACUGCCAUGCGUACAAGCCUGGGUAAUAAGUUGAAGCAGGAUGCCGAAGAACUCGACCGUCAGGAGCAGCUAGUGCAACAGCUCACUGCCGAGAAGGAAGAUCUUGCUGCCACGGUGGAAACACUCACGUCCGAGCUGAUUGCCUCGAAUGAGGAGUCAGAGCGGGCAUCAAAGGAACUUGAGACUAUGCGUAGUCGGGCUCUGCUGGAGAAUGCUCAAGAGGUUAGUAUGCGGGAACGUGAGUUGCGAGAGUUGCAGAGUGAGCUCGAGCAAUGUCGGAUUGAGAGGGACGAGUGGGAGCAGAAGGCUAUGGAGGAGCACAUCUCAGCAGAUGAGGCGCGAACCACAGCGGAAACUCUUCGAAGAGAACUCGAGGCUGAGCAUCACGACAGGGAACGAGAUGUCGCACAACUUGCCGCUGAGCGGGAACGGUCUAGCAAUUUGCAGUCGGUGCUAGAAGACUUCCAAGCAGCCAAGGAGCAUGAGUUACAGGAGGCAGUCAAGGGCUACGAAAGUCAGCUCGUUUCAGUCACGCAAUUCCUUGCCGAAUACAAGCAUAGAGCAUUGACCGCUGAGCUCAAACUCGAAGAAUCUUCGACUAACGGUGCUCGUACAGAAGAUCUGGAGAAGGAGGUUAAAGAGAAACAUCUUCUGAUUGGUAAACUACGGCACGAAGCUGUGAUAAUGAAUGAGCACCUCAUGGAGGCCCUUCGCCGCCUGCGCCAGUCAUCAAAUGAGACGAAUGUCGACAGGCGCCUGGUCACCAACGUCCUUCUGUCAUUCCUCAAUACGCCACGAGCGGACUCGAAGCGAUUUGAGAUGCUCUCCCUACUCUCUACAAUUCUUUCAUGGACAGACGACGAACGUGAGAAGGCAGGCCUACAGCGCAAGGGCAGUGCUUCGGUGCAAAGCUCGCCAUCCGGAGUAUCUGCUUUCUUCGGUAGGUCCAUGUCCCCUAAAGGGAAGGGUUUGGAAUUGGAAAAGACAGACGAAACAGAGUCAUUCUCUCGCUUGUGGGUGGAGUUCCUCCUCACAGAAGCGGCAGCGGGGGAGGGAUCACCACCACCUGUGCAUUCCCCCCGUGCAAAUAAUUCUUUGCCAACUACUCCGACACGCGCCAACCAUCUAUCACCUCCAAGCCUUCUUGGGGGAAAACGCUUACCAUCCUUUACUACUGCGGCUAUGGCAAGUACGCCAGAUCUCAUGCUACACCCGCCACCAUCGAGGAAGGGCAAGAAGAGAGUGUCCAUUACCCUGGACUCAUGA